GAUGCAUCUCAGAGGGAUGGAGGACAAUCACAAAAUCUUGUUCAUUGCUACUCUGACUGCUAUUUUAUUUUCUGGGCAGAGCCAAGACUAUUGUGAGCAGUCUGAACGCGUAGAAGACAUUCCUGACUUGGAGAGUUGCAUCGGUGUCGGGACGUUCAUCUCAGUCAUUUACAGGCCACCUUCAGGAGCAUCUAAUUGUGGCUCUAUCGAUGAUGAUUAUCACAUCUUAAUAUAUCAUCAUGACUUUGACAGGUCAAUUGCUAUCGAAAAGCAUCCUCCUCCAGAAAGAUAUAAUGAUACUGCAUGUCUUGUUCACCUUACCCUGAGCCCUGAUAUCUUUGUGAAAGAAAAUAAUGAUACUCUUUUGCAAGUGUGGAUGAAGCUGGUCACAAUGUCAGCAGAUACUUAUUGUUCCAACAAUUUUACUUUACUAGUAGACACUGAUCCCCCAGAUCCAGUUAACCCCCAGAUACAUGUUGGUUGCAACAGUGUUGAUGUUGAGUGGCCUCCCCCUUUCUCUCCUCCUGGUUGUCCUGUCCGGCAAUAUGACAUUGAACUCAAUGAUGAAUAUUUUAACAUAACAAAUACGUCAUUAUUGCAUCAUUCAUGGCCUGACCUUUCACCUAAUAUGCUCAAUACACUCAAUAUUAGUGCUGUGAAUGACAUUGGACCCAGUAUCCAAUCUAAUAAUACAUUUAUAACUGCUCUGAAUCCUCAAGUUAUGUUUUUGGAUUAUGAUGUACUCUUAAAUGAUAGUAAUGCCUUGUUUACUAUAAAAGCUAAGGUGAAUAAUAACUGUAUAUACUCUGUACCUACUCAUUUCUACUACAAUGCAUCAUGUGAUGCUAAUACUACUGUCAAUGAAACAUGGGAUGUUUCAAAUGAACAAACUUCUUAUCAGCUGCCAGUUCCUAUUGAUCGUCUUAAUUGUACUGCAUGUCUCAUCUGGUCUAACCUCAACUCAUCACUUACUCGCUGCAAUAUAACAUUUAAUACAACACAGCUGCUUUUCAUCAACUUGCAACCGAUCAAUAAUGGUUUGAAUUUCACAUGCCAUUACAGGCCUAAUUCUUCACUUUGGGAUUGUGGCGUUUCAGUAAACAAUUCCUUAAAUGAUACUAGAAGUGCAUUAACAUUUAAUGAAACUAUUGGCACUAUUACUAAUCUUUGUCCUGGCAAGUAUGAUGUAGCUAUGUUUUAUGUAAAGGAUGGAAUGGAUUAUGUGAUAGAGUAUGUCACAGUGAAUAUUAGUGGCACCUCCUGUGGUACCCCUACUCCAAGUGGAACUGAUGAUGACAAUAAUAAAAAUAAUUUACUAAAAAGUGAUUCUUAUUUUAAUUUAUUUUAAAAUCCUUUUUGUAGUUUUGCUUCCAUCACUGAUUAUAGGAGUAGCUGCUAUAUUAACGAUAAUAAUAAUAGCAAUAGUGUGUGUAGUACUUUACAAACGUAGGACUAAAACUGGUACUUAUCAAAUGAGUAAAGGCGAGACUGGUGACAAAGAAGAAGCUAAAUCACAAACAAUCGGAGAAUUAGAAAGAGGUGACCCCAGCC